AUGCUCAGCCCCACAAUUCCCUCUGCUAUCGCCAGCUCUGCCCAGGUUGUGAGUGACAGAAGUGAAGCUAUCAGCAUCCUCAGCGAGGUCAGCAGUGACGACACAGACACUGUGAAGCACCUCUGCGGUGACCGGUUCUCCGAUGAGUCCCCAGGCUCACGGUGCUGUGACAUCACCUCCAAUAAGGUCUUUCCUCUUGCUGCAGCUAGAGGCACCAUCGUGGGGACGAUAGUAGCUGGGGUCAAAAGCAGGCCCAAGACACAGAAAGAGGAUGGAGGUAUUUUUAGCCUCCACCUUCUCUGCCAACCUCAAAUGACGUACAUCCUAUGUCUGGGAGCAGAGAAAGAAUUCUGGAAACAUGGCAUAGGUUCCCUUUUACUUGGAAGUUUGAAGGAGUACAGAUCAACCACCCUCCAGGACCACUGCAAAGCCAUCUACUUGCACAUCCUCACCACCAACAACCUAUCAGUGAGCUUCUCUGAGCACAGAGACUUUAAGCAGUACCAUUAUCUCCCUUACCUUGGAAACCCAAAAGGAAUCCUCAAAGAUGGCUUCACCUAUGUCCCCAGCAUCAAUGGCAGCCACCCUUCAUGGACAGUCCUACAUCCUUUACCUCCAGGGAUGGAAGGGCUGCAGCUCCCCAGACAACACGUGGAGCAGGGCUCUCAGUGCUGGACCCUGCAGACCGCCCCACCACGCUCCGCACCACCACCCAGCCCGAGCUUCUCCGAACGCCCAGCGGCCUCUGCAGGCACUGCACCAACCCCCCUGAAGCCAGUUCCAGCCAGCCAGCCAGUUCCCGCCUCAGGGCUUUUGCACUCGCCCAUCCCUCUGGAUGGCGCGGAGCGCCUGGAGCGAGGCGAUCUGGAAGGAAGGAUUGUGCCCAGCGUGGGGACAGCCUACGUGGCCUGCUUCCGCGUGCGCGUCACUGCUUACGGUGCUCGCUUCCAUAUUUGGCCACCGGACUUGGGCAUCUCUCCCCGCCAGACGCCCAGCGGAAUCGGAGCAAGCGAACGCCUCAGCUGCCGAGGCUGCCAGCACCGCGCACGCACGUCGCCCCCAGCCCCUGAGCUCUACGAUCUCGACUUCUCCCUUGCGCAGGCGCUCUGCACCGCGGAGGGACCGCCCCCCCCUCCGCCCCAGUCCAGCGUCCGGCUACCAGCUCCGGAAGAAGCAGGGGUUGUGGACGCGCGAGGGCGCUGUGAGGAGGCAGGCCCAGGUGAAGGGAGGCUCCUCCCGGACCUGGGAAUGAGGCUGCUGUGCCGGGCAACAGUGGGAGAGAAGAAAUUCCGAAAGUGCCAGGGCCGGAGUGGGCUCACCGUGGGGAUGCAGGCCACUAAGAGGGGCGGUGCGUUCCGGGCCCGGGCCGGUCUUGCGGCCACAGGAUUCGGACCCGCGGCCCAGAUGCUGGAGAAACUGCCUUCAUCCGAACUCCUGAGCGACCUGGGCCUUCAGCGCGGGGGUCGGGGAGCAGAGAAAACAACCCUAACACCAGGCGCUCUUAGCGCUAGCGCUCCCUCCCUUCCCGACCGUCCCAACCCCUCCGUCCCGCCGUAG